UUGAAGGCCCUUGAAGAGGCCAAAGAAGCCGGGGCUCGUGCCUCAAAGGCCCAUGAAGAGGCCGCAGAGAAGGAGAGCCGUGCUUCUAAGGCUCUUGAAGAGGCGAAUGCGGAGCGCAUUCGUUUAGGCAAAGUUGUUGAAAGCCUGCAGGCUGAGGUUCAGGCCCGGGAGGUCGCAGUUACGGACCUUACUACCCGCGUGUCCGCUGCGGAGAAGCGGGCUGACGCUGCUGCUGAGGCCAAGGAUGCCUUGGUGUCCUCUUUUAACCAACUGGAAGCUGACCGUGAGUGGUUGCGGACUCACGGCAUCGCGCGUAUUGUCGAGGCUAUCAUGAAUGCUCCUGAGACCUCAUCUGGUUUGGACCUGGUUAAGGAGCGCGCGCGCGAUGCUGGCUUCAAGGCUGGUUAUAACCGCUGCAUUGGGCAUAUCAAUGUAUUAUCCGCAGGCGGUUAUACUGAUCAGGCAUCCGGGUUCCGUGAUGUGGAUACCGAGGGUCGUCUGAAAGCGACCGUAGCCUCCUUUUAUGACACGCCCCUUGCCUGUGUAGGGGAGCUGGACGAGUGUUUGGAGGUUGCGGACUAUGUUGACCGCUUGCGGAUGCUUUACCCUGAUGUGGAAGAGGAAGAACCCGCUGGUGGUGCCGGAGGAGACGCGGGUACCAGCGGUACAAAAUAGGGUUUAGGUUGGCGAGUGUGCCUCCUUUUUGUAUUCCUCUUGUAUAGAAUAGGAACUUUAUGUAAAUUCCGUAAGCAUCAUGUGGAUACUUGAAUUUUUUGAAUAUAAAGUUUCUUUGUUCAGUU